CUCUCUUUCCCUUCCUCCUCCUCACGGUUGUGGACCUCAAAGCUCUUUCAGCUCUGACUGACCCUCGCUUGCUUCCUCCGCACUUUCAGCUACGAUCACGUACAUCAUGGGCAGCAUCACCCCCAUCGCCAUCCACGCCCACAUCGUUGCGGCCACCGAUCCCUUCUAUAAUGAUGCAAAUGUAGCAAUCAUGACCUACCAAUACGCGAUUGCGACCAUGUGUCCACAGCCUCGCACUCAGGAGGUCAUCCUCUUUAUCUCUCAUAACGCUCGUGCUCUUUACACAUACCUAUUGGCCACCACUCUUGAGGGCCAGUGGACCGAUAGAAUUGCCGUGGUUUGGGACGCGACAAAUGCUGAGACGUUUAAUGCGGAGGCGUGGUCGAGUCUCGCAAGACAUCACGAUGUCAUAAUCACUUCAGAAAGUAUUGCCGUAAGCCUUUUGAGACACCCUUUACUGGACCUUCGAGUGCAUACAUUCGAUAUCCUUAACUUGACAGGGAACAGCCGAGCCGAGUCGUUAUUGUUAUGUUUCGAUGAGGUCCUGGAGCGCGAGUUCCCCUUGCUAGUUGACGGCCAUGGACAUGCGAUCCCCAAGGACAGGAGCCUCCCAUUGCUUGCUCGAACCGCCACCACUAAUGACGUUCAUUUCAAGUGGUUGGUUCAAUGCCCGCGCGAUAUAAUCGCCUGGUACGAUGCUGAAAAGGAGGAGGACGACCCCUUCGGAGACUUCCGAAGACAUGUCCCUCUACAGCAGAGGAAGGCUUGCUCUACCCUUUGGGGCUUCUGCAGAGGCCAUGGCCUCGAGUGGGCAUCUCUGGCGUUCGAAAGCGCCGCAGAGAACCUCGGACCGUGGUGUUCGCUGGCGACUUGGGGUCACGUACUGAAGAUCCUCAAGACCAGAGAUAUGAGAACCGCGUUAACGUCGGCUCAUGCGAGCGAUCAGGAAAUAGAGCGCCUCAACGCCAUUGCUGAUUCGCUCGGAGAGAUGCCGCAAGUAUCAAAGCACUUGUUUCGGAACAAACUGAAGAGACUGAUUGAGGUCCUUCAGUCGUGUUACGGCAAUGUGCUGAGUGCUAGCGUAGUCGUUUUCGUCGAGCAUGAGGUGCAUGCGUGCGUUCUACAGGAGAUGGUGAGGCAAUUCGGACAGGAGUUUGGCCUGAUCUCCGUCCGAUCCUCAGUGCUAACUGGCCGCAGGACCAGAAGGAUGAAUUUUGGUCCGCAUCAGGAGCAAACUGAGAGAGAAAUGCGAGUGCUGAAUGAGUUUGCCCAGGGUGGUAGGCGCUUGCUGUUCACCACUGGUGCCUAUGACGACUUCGUCUUGAAGAAGGUUAAGUGCGAUGUACUCAUUAGGUUCGAUACCCAUGCCGACAUCCCGAACCACGUCCGCUCACGCGCAGUCAACCACAACAAGGCCUAUGAAGCUGUUAUCAUUUGUCCCUCCAAUGAUCCCGCCCCUGUUCCACUUGUCCUCCCUGUCCCCCCUGUCGAUCCCGCGUCAGCAUUCACACGUGCUUUAGGAAACGCGUUCUUAAAGUUGUCGGUAUCUCUUUACCUCUUCGUGCAAGAUUUCUCAUUGGGACCGGGCCGUAUCACCAUCAGUAAGGAUGGCAUGAUCUGCAACGCCGCUCUUAUCAGCAAUACCGAAGAUAUUCGAGGCUCAAAGGCGAGUAUCGGUCAAGCAUACCAAAAAAAUGGACUCGAACAUGUGCUGGCGAAGGUUGCAAGUCUUGUUCCAUGUCUGAAAUCAGUGCAUGCGUGGGAGGAUUUCGCGAGACAAUACGAGCUGACGAAGAGCUUGUCAGAGAGUCCCGUUCUUUUCCCAAAUGCGUUACUUUUCGAGGACACCCGUGCGAUCGAGGUGACAAUAGGCUACUCUUUUGAGGAUGUGAGCCUGCUGAGUCAGGCACUUAACCUCACAAGCCCUCAAUUUCAGCGCCUUGAGCUCAUUGGAGAUUGUGCGCUGGAUAUCCUUGCCUUCGAGCAUUGGUCUUCACUCUACCCACACAAGCCUGCCGAACAGUUGAACUUACUCAUGAGGCAUAUCACAACGAACAAGUUCCUGGCGAUUGUAGCAACAGAGCUGCGUUUUCAUCGCCACAUCCUUGGGCGCAAGAAGCAGAUAGAGAUGAUGGGACAUGGAGCAACUGCAAUUGAUACUAGUUUCGCUGCGGUGCCUGAGAUGAACCUCACUAACCGCCUCAAAGGGCUAAACAUCCCCAAGGAUUUUGGUGACCUUGUCGAAGCCAUUUUCGGGGCCGUCUACACUGAUUCAGGGUUCCAGAUGGGGGCGAUAGCCUCUGUUUUUGAACACUGCGUGAAGCCGGUGAUCGACAAGCACAUCCAACCAUAAUUUUAGCAUUAUAAUAUACUAUCCAAAUGGCUUUCUGAAGUAGAUAGUCCAAGUUCGAAAUGGGCGCCGCCGGUCAAUUCAAUUCGGCUCUAUACAGCAUAUAAAAAAACCAGGAUAGUAUCAAGGAAGGUAGGCCUUUGAACUCAACAGGUGCGUUGGUACGCUUUGGCUGCUUGACCUGGCUUCCGGGGACUAUGGAUCGGUCCUACUUUGGUAGAAAGGACGACUAUGGAAAAUCUUUGCUAUGUUAGUUAGAUGUGACAGAUUCACAGGACUAAACUGAUAUAAAGGAAAGAAUAACAUCUGCGUUUGGUGCUGCGCUAAAGAU